ACCACACACAUCUGCCAUCCAUAAUGCGCUCCGCACAACUCCUCCCCCUCGUGCUCGCUAGCAGUAGCAUCCCCGCCGCGCUGGGCGCAACCCUGCCCGACUUCUUCCGCCUCUCAUCCCGCUCAGGAUCGGCGGUCGAGCUGCAGAAGCCCGCCGUGUCGCCACCCUUUUCCGAAGACGUGCAAGACAAGGACCUCAGAGCAGACCUGCCCACGCGGCAGUGGCGGUUCGAGCCGUGGCCGACCUUCUGGAUGCCCAAGUACUGCCGCGAGGAGGCCGUCAUCAACCAGCUGCAGCCGGCCGACUUCGAGGUGCGCGACGUGUGGUACGAGGACUGCGCGGCCGCGUGGACCAUCUGCCGCCACCGCGGCGCCAAGGAGCCGUGGGACGGCAUUCUCGAGACCCUCAGCCAGGUCCCCGUCGGGAUGCGGCAGCACGUAGCCAAUCUCGUCAUCCUACCGGGCCGCACAUCCGACGCCUCGGCAACGUCCAACGCGGCCGCCUACACGCGCGGAUCGGUGCUAGUGUUCACGCCGUCGUUCUUCAAGCUGGGCGUGCUGUUCCACGAGUUCACGCACAUCCUAGACAUGGUCGCCCUGCAGACCGUCGUCAAAUCGCACGGCUACGCCGAGGGCACGGCGUUCUCUGAGACCAAGCUGUGGGCGCGCGCGUACGGCAACGACAGCGCGGUGCCGACGGCGUACGCGCGCACGUCGUGGCAGGAGGAUUUCGCCGACGCCGGCCGCUGGGCGCUGAGCGACAUGACGCACGCCGGCGGGCUCUCUGUCUAUAGUCCCGGCUGGCGCGCCUGCGCCCACCAGAUCGCCGCGUACAAGGCCUGGUUGGGCGAGCUGGUCUUCCCGCGCGACGGUGUCUGUUCGGGCAAGAUCGAUACGUCGCCCGCUGUCCCGGUUGUCGCGGCCGCCAAGCCCCCGCCGGGCGCUGGCGGUGCUGCUGCGCAGAAGAUGCCGGGUAGUGGGCUCCAGGGCACAAAGGUCAAGAAGAUUGUCAUGCCCAAGGGCGCCGAGAACAUGCUGUGGGUGUACCACGGGCCGGCGCCGGGGACGCAGUGA